UCACCCGCACUUAACAAAGGCAUCCGUCCCACUUGCAAUAUUUUUGUUUGGGGCGGGAUUAGUCACUAUAAAUUGACUCAACUCGGCUGCACUAUGCCAACCGCAUAAUCCGCCGUAAACCAGAAGCGAAUUGCAAGUGCCCAGCUGCGGAUCAAAAACGGCAGCCAGUGAAAAAGAAAAAAACAAAGAGAUUUCAGAGCCCAUAUGCCCAUUCACGCCGUAAUGGCCAAGCGCCUGCUGCCCCACCAACCGUCCUACGAGGGGGAGGCACCCGGACCGGAUGAGCUGGACAGUCCAGCCAUCGAGGCGGCGGCCCUCGACAUUCCCCCGCCAGAAUCUGAUAAGGCGCUCCAAAGGGGUGUCUGGGAGCGACCCACAACGAAUUCCGAGUAUAAGCCGCCCACCGAUGGGAGCACCGUGCUCCGCUUCGAUAUUCUGAUGGCGCACAUUAUGCCUCCCGAUGGCGAGGACGUGAAGAUCAAGCGAUUCGUAGUCUACGAGCUCACUGUAAGCCAGGAUGGCACCGCGGAGGACACUCAGCCGGCGAAAAUCGAGCGCCGCUACACGGACUUCCGGGAGCUUUAUCUGGGAUUAAAGCGGCAACAUCCGACGGAGCUGGCCAACAAGUAUUUUCCAUCAAAGGUGCUGAUGGGUAACUUUAAAUCCGAACUGAUUGGCGAACGAAGCGCGGCCUUCGAGGCUUUCCUCACAUAUGUUGCAAGUCAGUCGAAGCUUCGGGACUCGGAGGACUUCUUGCGCUUCCUGCAGCAUGAUGAACUGACCAGAGCGUGCCAGUUUUUAGAUGAACGACGCCACGAGAUGGCCAUACCCAUUCUGGAGAACUGUUUCCGGCUGCUGAACAAAAUCUACAUGAACAGAUCGCGACCGGUGCUCUUGAUUCUGUGUCGCCUGGUGGCGGCCUGCACCUCAUCACCAGUGCCUCAUCACGCAGCGGAGCGCUGGGCUCUAUUGGCACUCAGUCGCUUUGAGACGCUGUGCGAUAUCGACCUGCUGCCGCUCUACAUUCCACUGCUCCACACUUGCGCCCAUUUGUGGUGGCAGCGCGGCCAGGACCAAAAGCCGAUCACCGACCGACUGACUGACAUGUCCAAACAGGGCAUAAACACUGCGAACACCGAGAGCCUCAUGCAGGCCAUUCACAAGAUUGAUCCACGCACCGAAACCAUUUAAAGCGCAAUCUCCACCAGAAUUAGCACCCAUAAGUUCAGCGUUUUGUUCAGUAGAUUUUAGUCGUCAAGCGUAAAGUGCAAUUAGAGAACGUGUGCAAUUAGAUUUAAGGUGAAAGGAGUAUUUAUCAACCUUCAAGGUAGCAGCGAUUUUAAAUAACACUGUUUGCCCAAGUAGUUCGUUUAGGUAUUUUACAUAACAACCCAAGAAUCCUUAUUGAUGUCACAAAAAUUCAGUUUUUCAAAGAUCAAAUACCCGGCUCCCUAUGUGUUCGUUAUUUUUGUCAAAUUUAAAUGUAUUAUAUUUUAUUUUAAACUCCAGAUAAUUAACAUAAAGUUGGCCCUUGUUAAUAGCUAAAGGUAAUAUUGCGACUAAUUCGUAUCUGUAUCCUUAAUGUCCUACUUUGGUAACUUAAAGGUUAGUCUAAGCGUGUUUUGUUUCAUAUUACGUAUUGUUUGAUAUUGUGCAUUCGUCUCUGUAGUUUAUAGUGGGAGUUGUGAUAUAGCUUUGCACUCUUUUCCACCCAAAGUGAAUCACAAACGUACUAUUCAAAGUCCGUGACGCACAGUCUGCACAUCCAAGCCUAGAACUCCAUAUCAGCCUGAAAAAAACAUCAGACAUGUCAAACGCAGCUCCCAAAGUUAUUUAUUACAGCCCAACGCCUUGUGAUUGCUUUUUUCAAUGAAUAAAUAUUAUACUCAAAUGUUUUUCAAAGCAGAAAA